UUCAGGUUUGGUAAGAUGCCUCAGGAACAGUACGCGCACAGGAGCACCAUGCAGACCUCGGAAGGACCCCAGGUAUACAAAGUGGGGAUUUAUGGCUGGAGGAAGAGAUGCCUCUAUUUCUUUGUGCUGCUCCUAAUGAUCUUAAUCCUGGUGAACCUUGCUAUGACCAUCUGGAUUCUGAAGGUUAUGAACUUCACAAUUGAUGGAAUGGGGAACCUGAGAAUCACGGAAAAGGGUCUAAAGCUUGAAGGAGAUUCAGAAUUCUUGAAACCUCUCUACGCCAAAGAAAUCCGGUCAAGACCAGGCAACCCACUGUACUUCCAGUCUGCCAGAAAUGUGACAGUGAACAUCCUCAAUGAGAAGACUAAAGUCCUUACUCGCCUUGUAACAGGUCCCCAAGCAGUGGAAGCACACAGCCAAAAAUUUGAGGUGAAAACCCUCUCUGGAAAAUUGCUGUUUUCUGCAGAUGACAACGAAGUGGUGGUUGGAGCAGAGAGAUUGAGAGUUUUAGGAGCAGAAGGCACAGUGUUCCCUAAAUCUAUAGAAACUCCCAAUGUCAGGGCAGACCCCUUCAAGGAACUAAGACUGGAGUCGCCUACACGCGCGCUGGUGAUGGAGGCUCCAAAAGGCAUCGAGAUCAACGCCGAGGCCGGCAGCUUGAAAGCAACGUGCAGGACAGAGCUCAGGCUGGAAUCCAAAGACGGAGAGAUAACAUUGAAUUCUGCAAAAAUCAAACUACCUAACUUGCCUCAAGGAUCUUCAUCUUCUGCAGGGUCCAGGCAAAAAAUCUACGAGCUCUGUGUGUGUCCCAAUGGGAGGUUAUUUCUGUCUCAGGCAGGCACUAGCUCGACCUGCCAGAUAAAUACAAGCGUCUGCCUUUGAGAGACAAUUUGCAGUGGGGCGUCGCAGGCAGCACAAAAGCCAGUUCUGGUCUCACAGAUUGCAGCUGCCAACUAUUUUUACUAGAACACAGAAAGCCUAUCAAAGACUUUUUUUGUGUGUGCGCGCGCGUGUGUGUGAAUAUAUAUAUAAAAAUAUAUAUAUAAAAUAUAUAUAUCCUCUGUGUAAAAUGAUGUUUCAGUACAAGGAAUCCCAGGGUGACCCUGUUACAUUUGUGUAGCAUUUCUCUUUCCCACACCAAAAUUUACUGGUACAAUCUGCUGAAUUGGACUUGAUGCUCCCCUGGACCCUUCCGUACUAAUAUAGUCUAAUGAUCACCCCUCGUUUUUGAUCAUGUUCUCAGAGCAAUGGGAAGGCUGUGGGCAAGACCCUGGAACCGAUGUAGACCCACCAACACACAAAGGGAAGAGAAGCAUCUCUGAUUAUUUUUGCACCAUUAAAUCAGUGGCAUGAAAAAAACCCCAAAAAACUAAAAAAAUAGCCAGAUGUGCUGUACUAAUCACGUAGAGUGAUCCAAGAUACCUGAGGUUAAAGUACACUCUCUAAUUUUCACCUAAAGCAUGGCUCCCUGUUGAGAGAGAUGGAUUGCACUUGGCCAGUAGAAAAGUCCAGAUCUUGCUGGAAUAAGCAUGUAUUUUUCUGAAGGGGUUUGAGACUUGCCUGUGCAUGGCCAAGGAUGCCUUGUGACGCAUCAACUCUAAUGCUAACCUAAAGUCAUCUCUGUGCUAAGAAAACUAGCAUUGCAUUUAGUUCUUGGAAGGAAAAAUAAAUGUGAAAGUUGGACUAGAUAGAAAAAUCCUGAACCUCCUUAGUUAACAGGUGUCCUGUAUCACUCUACACACUCUCCGUUAGCACCUUUAAUUUUGAAAAGAUUUAAGAUACCAUGUGAAGGUGAGAAGAUUUAAGAUUUCUAUAGUACCUGUCAAUAUCUGUAGAAACAGAGAGAAUUACCUCUUCUACCCAGAGAAACAGAGAAAUUCAUUCAAAUUAGAUGUGUAUUGUCAAUGCUACACCAGAACUUUUGUCACCUUUUUUUUCAGGAUAUACAGUCCAAGGUCACUUAGAUUUGGUGGAGACUGCAAAUAUCAGAGAUGCUAACAAUGAAAUAGACCUUUUUUAAGGAUUUAUAAAGACUGUGAGAAAGCCAGACUACUGGAAAGCAAGGGCUUUGGAUGCCGGUUCCUCUAGAAUUUGAGCCCCAAAAACUCUGUGGUUGAACCUUUUCAUGGUUGCAUUUUUCCUUAUUUUAAAGUCCAGGAGUCACUUACGGGCAGGAUAAAAUGCAAAAUCUGAUCUGGUAACAUUACUGUCACUGUUCAAGUUUUGAAAAAUAAUGAGAAGAGCCCAGAUCAUUGAAUUCUGACCCAUAAUUGCAUCAACAUGCAUGUAAAAAUCCUUGAAAAACAAAUGUACUAAUUACUGCAAAAGUGUCUAAGUUGCAGUUAAUCUCACGAGGACAGCAAGGUUCCUAAGCCACUGAGAUGUUUUUGAUAAUAUUAGCUCAUGUGCAAAUAUGACAGAUCUGUGCCCAUCCCUAGUGAUAUCUAAGUAAAGCUGGUAUUCUUCAAGCAAUCUUCAAGAUAAAAUAUAGCUGAUAGAAAUCUUUAGAAGUAAUUUCGCCCAUUCCUUUUUUACAGAUUUCCAUGUAUUUUCUUGUGGUCUGGAGAGUACCAGAGUUUGAUUUUUUUUUCAAAAUUAACAAUUCUGGCUUAAUCCAAAACUGGCUGGACUCGAAGGAAAGAUUUCUAUGGAGUUUAGAUUAGAUGUGUUGCUGCCUAACAAAGCAACACUCCCGUAAAAUGUAUUCCUGCAAGAGGAUGAAUAAUCUACUUUUAUUUCAGUAAUGCUUUCUGAUUAAUUAACAACUUCAAACUACUUGUUAAUGAAUGAUUCCUGUAAUUAUUAUGUCUUGAGUCAACGUUUGAAUGCAAAGGGUCACCCAGGAUAACAAUUGUAUUGGGACACAGGACUAUACCAUCUCUGUUCAAAGAGGGGAAUUGUGCCUAUGCCUUAAGUCAAUGCACUCAGCAAGGAGAAGCACAUCAUAUUUAUCUUGUUAUUAAAACUAGUUUAUUUGGGGGGAGGGACAGGAUGUCUUGGGAACUGGUUGUGCAACUUAAAACAGAUAUUAAUGAAAUGCAUUAAGACUGUAGGGGCACCUAGAGUGAUAUAGACUUUUUUUUUACCAUGUUAAAUAUAGCAAAAUACUGUGUACGUUACCUCUGGGACCACAACUGAAGUCCCAUUCAUAGUCCUACAUUUACUGUAGAGGUUUUUUUCCUGUUUCAUUUAAUACCGAUCACAAACCUUACAGCAAGCACGGCCCAAUUCAUAAAAAAGUCCCAUGUGAGCAGUUGUGAAGACACGUGCUGCAGGAAGAGUGCCCUGUACAGAAAACGAGUCCCAUUAACUUUCCCAUCCCCGAGAGGUUCAAUGCUGGUGAGAAAGGCAGGGCUGGACGCAGGGACUCACCCAGCAGGGAUGCUGCAUCCUGAUUUCCAUGCUCCGCUCCCGAGAGGCCGGUGGCUGAGUCCUCAUCCCCGUGCACCCUCUGGCUGCUCUGCUGAGGAUUUCCACCCCAACAAAUUAAUUUUGAGUGGCUGGUCUUCUCAGCUGGGCUCUUGGAUAAGAUUGUCACCUUCUCAUAUCACGAAGGCCAUGAAACUGCUUAAGGACAUUCAGCCGUUUAUUCUGGUAUGAAUUUCUAUGGGGGAGCUGUUAGGGAACGACCUUACAUAUCUGUGCCAUCACUGCAUAUGCUUCUCUGAGGUGAACAAAGGGUACCUUAAUUAUGUCUACGUAAAGGAAUUGUAGUUGCUUCAAUGUAUUUUACAGUCAUGUUUCUAUCUUAAAAAGCAU